GCUACUUGAAGUAAACAAGAGUUUGAAUGAGUCAACUGUCGAUUGCGUCUUGUUGCAGGAAUGAUGGAUGCAAAUGACAAUCUAAAACAAAUCAGUCCGAAAAUGACAAUGUGGUUGACUUAAACUCAUCUCGUGUUUUGGGGACAUUUUGAGGAUUUAUCAAUUGGUGGACUGGAUUGUGGUAUCUAAGUGUAUAGCUAGUUACAAACAGACGAACAGUAGCAAAUAUAGUCUCGUCACUUCAUGGUCUCCGCUUUGUACUUUGGAAAGGACAAGGGUCUAUUCUACAAAUACACAUCCAUAUGUGAGAAAGGAGUCUGUCGCAAGCGAGAAGCGUAUUCCAGGACAAAGGAAACAAGGGAGACGCCUCGACUAGAAGGGCUACGUUCGCUGCUCUGAGAGGUGCAUGUGUGUGUCUAGAAAGGCAAGUAAAUAAUAACAUUGAGCGGGGGACACAGCUAUUAACAUAAACCAGUCGCCCGGUGGACUUGGGGUCUCAUCUCAUCUGUGAUGUCCGGGAUGGACUGUCCCGGGGCCCCCGGCACGGAGUCGCCGGGGGAGCCUGGAAGCGGAGCGAGCCUCGGCAGCCGACAGGAGCCACUCGGUAGAUCGGAGGAGGACGACAAUGACAUGCCCCGUCUGGAAGACAUGCGGGUCUGUGGUAAUGACGAGGUGAAUUUGCUCUCGUUGCCGUGGGAGAUGGUGACUCAAAUCGCCUCGCACCUGCCCGCUAAGUGCAUCAUCAACGUCCUGCCUCAGGUGUCUCCGGUGUUGAGUGGCGUGUCGGAAGACCCCCUGGUGUGGCAGCAGAGGGCCCAGAGGCUGGUGGGGGAGGGGGCCCGCUUCCCCGUGGGGCCCCGGGAGACGCUGGAUUGGGCCGCCGCCUGCCUGCAGAUGGAGACCCUCAUGGCACUCUGGGGACCCCUGCAGGACGGGAGGGGAACUGCGCGCCAAACGCACAACGCAGACCGCGAGAGGAGGGAGGAGAGGCGAGAGGAGGAGGGGGUGCAGAGGAGAGAAGAAGAAGAGGGGGAGGAGGAGAGGAGGAGAGAGGGAGACGGGGAAGCGGAAGGGGAGGGAGGUGAACGAGGAGGAGGAGAAGAGGAGGCGCAGAGAGGAGGAGGAGGGGCGGAGAGACGACAAGGACAGGUGCCAGAUGGAGAAGUGGUGGAGGAGGAGAGGCAGGGAGGAGGAGGACGCGAGAGACAGGCAGACGGGAGUCAGGGAGGAGCAGCAGGCAGAGGAGGAGGAGGAGGAGGAGAAGAAGAGUGUGCUGCGGAGGAAGAGUGUGCAGAGGAGGUAGAGGAGGAGGAGAGAAAGGGAGGAGAAGAGGAGGAGGAGAGAAAGGGAGGAGAAGAGGGGGAGGGGGAGGGGGAGGAGAGCCUGGAGCGCUUCAGCCUGCCGCUGGGCCACAUUGCGGACGUGCAUGCGGUGCUGCUGUUUGGGGGCCGGGCGGAGCAGCUGGCUACGGGCUCCCUGGACCGCUGCGUCAACCUGUGGGACCUGCGCGGGGGCGAGGGGGGCCACGGGCGACUCGUGCACACCCUGGGGGGGCACUCGGGAUGGGUGUGGUGCCUCGCACAGCGCGACAACAAGCUGGCGUCGGGGUCGUUUGACAGCACGGUGCGGCUGUGGGACAUGCAGGCGGGCGGCAAGGCCAGUGAUGUCAUCACCGGGCGCGCCCCCGUCAUCUGUCUGUCGUGGCAACCGGAGGACAACACGCUCAUCGCCGGCUCACACGACAAGAAGAUCAACUUCUACGACCCCCGAGCCACCCAGCCCCUUGUGAAGAGUGUUGAGCUUCACAGCAGUGCGGUGUUGACUCUGGCCGCCACGGACAACUACAUCAUCUCAGGCGGCAAAGACAAGACCAUCGCACUGUACGACCGCCGCGCAUGCAAACUACUCUCACAGCGCAAGCUGGCCUCGUUCUUGCUGUGCAUGUCCCAGAGCGGGGGCCAGGUUUGGGGGGGUGAUAACCGCGGCGUCGUGCGCUCCUUCUCUCUGCGGAGCGGCCGGCUGCAGGGCAGCCAGCAGUUCGACGUGGGACACACACAGAUGCUGACGGGAAUACACUGCUCACCUGGCGCCCUCUACACCUGCUCCUCCGACCGCACCAUCAAGGUCCACCUCCCCAGCGCUCCCCCAAGGACUGUUUGCACACUGCAGAACGCAACACCAGUGAAUGGGUUGAGUGUGUGUGCAGGUGUGUUGGCUGUGGCAUCUGGCAACAUGGCGGUAGAGGUCUGGAGACCACCACACUGAAGACCGCCCUGUGUGUGUGUGUGUGUGUGUGUGUGUGUGUGUGUGUGUUCUUAUCCCCCCAUACAUACACACACACACACACGCACGCACACCAUUUUUGUGCCUCUCGUUUUUUUUUUUUUUAUCUUGUUGUUUAAUGUCU